AUCAUUACUCAUAUGUCCAAACCACUGAAUUAUUAGUUUCUAUUCACAUCCAGGCGCUUCUUCUCUCGUAACUCUUUGGGUCUAUAAAUAGGCAUCAAGAUUGUACUUAAUUAAUCUCAUUCAAACUUUGUGCAAUUUGAAAGAGUAGUCAUAUCUAGUACUGAGCCGAAAUGGGUUCCAAAACAAUAGUACUUUUCUUAGGCCUUUUGUUGGCUACUCUUGUUUUCAUUACGUCUGAGGUAACCGCAAGGGAUUUGGUUGAGACUUCCAAGAAAGCUACGACUGCUGAACAGAAGACAAAUGGAGUUGAGGAUGCCAAGAAUGGUAGUGAAGUGUACCCAGGAAGCGGAUUUGGAGGAAACCGAGGCAGUGGAAAUGGAGGAGGCCCUAACGUUGAAGGCCGCAAAUUUUGGGAUUUUGGAGGUGGGGAUUGUUGUCAAUAAACCUGAUUUGCAGGCUGUUGAAUGAGUUGGAAAAGUAGGUAAACAAUGUGCGGUUUGUAUCUGUAUCAACCUAAACGGUGCUUUUAGUGUAUCAAUUGUGGGAGUAGAGUGAGUAAGGGAGAGACAGUGAAUAAUUUGUGAGUGAGAUUUCAGUUGUAAUACAUUGUGUGUUUAGCUUUUGCGAUAAAAAUUGUUGGCUGUGCGUGUGAAAUCGUGGUGGCCGUUGAGUUGAGGCGGAGGUGGUUAUGGAGGAUGGAACGUCUAAAGCCGAAUUAUUGUAUAUGUGGAAUGGGUGGCUAUAUUUAAGAACUGGAGUAAUAUUAAUCCUCGUCAUGGUUAUUAUGCGAUGAGAAAUGAUUUAC